CCCUGUCCCCCCGUGUGUCCCCAGGCCGAGGCCUGGCUCGAGGCCGAGUCGCGCCGCCAGGGCUGGGCCCGAGCCGCGGCCCCCGGGGCUGCCCGGGCCCGGGAGGGGCUCGUGGGGGUCCUGAGCGAGGGCUCGGCCGCCGUCAUGGUGGAGGUGAACUGCGAGACGGAUUUCGUGGCGCGGACCCCCGACUUCCAGCAGCUGGUGGAGAUGGCGGCCAGAGGGGUCCUGGGGCACUGCCAGGGGGCCUCGGGCACCAAG